GGAGAACAUCGCAAUAAAUGAUUCCCAAAGAUGGAUUUUCCUGACAUGGAUCUCUCAAACUUCGAUCUACCAAAAAUGAACCUGCCAGACAUGAAUCCUCCAGACAGAGAACUUCAGUUGAUACUCAACAGACUUCAAAUGCUAUGCUAUCUGAAUCGCUUGACGGAUGCAGGGUUUGAUAAUUGGGAAGUGGUGAAGGACAUCACCGAGAGAGAUAUGCAAAAGCUUGGAAUGAAGCUGGGCCAUAUAAGAAAACUUCAACGGAAAAUUGCGACUUCGCGAGGAUGGCCCCAAAGUGCCCCACUAAAUGGCGCAUAUGUUUGUUGUGGAGGACAGAAGCAACAGGAACCCGCGGAGUCAAAGCAAGAAAUUGUAACACAAUUGACCGUUUCUGGCACCCAGUAUUUCGUUGAUGCCAAUGGCAUAGGUAUUCCUCACCAUCCGCAACUGUAAUGGAGUACGUGCGAAUAGUAAAUCGAUGAAAAACUGUACUGUCGCUUUCGAAAAUUGCGAGGAAAUUAUUCGAAUGGAACUUGUCUUCUCACCAUGACGACAUUCCACGGACGACUUCGUUGAACCAUGAUACACAAUACUUGUGUCCAUCAAAAAGGAUCAUUUAUAUUGGUGUUUGAACAUGAAUAAUUUCAUACGUACCAGCCAGCUUUGAUGAAGACUUGGAAAUAAUAGAAAUCUGGGGAGAUAUAUUGAUACCAUUCAUUUACGCUUGUUGGGUUGUUGAUGUAGGGGUAACGAGUAUUCGGUGGAUUGGAUGAAGGAGAAUAAUUGACGACGGUGGAUAUAUCUGAUGGUAGUUGAGAGCGGUACAAGAAAAACCCGAGGAGAAGAGCAAAGCUUGAUGCAGAAAAGCA